GGAAAUGAAAAUAUUGGAAAAAGGAAGUGAUAAGCGACGUUUUCAUUUCAUUUUCUUUCUAAAAAAUUAAAAUAUCUGGAUUGUGGUGUUAUUUGUGUACUUUUCAACAUGUCAGAAGAACAAGAUAAAACGUUAUCGAAAAACCUAUCAUUUCAAGAAAGAAACGCCGAACGCCUUAAACGUUUACGUGAUUUACACACUCAACGAAAUGAAGCUAGACGUCUAAAUCACGAGGCAGUCAAGGAAGAAGAAUUGAGACACUCAUUACCUAUCAAUUGGGAAGCUAGAAAACGUCGAGCUGAAUGGAUCUUGAAUGAUGAAACCCAACGUGAAGAUGCCAAGAAGAAGGGUGAAGACUUCGAUCGAGUUAAAUUACUCAACGUCACCGCAAGCGAAGCUGAAGCGCUUGAAAAGAAGAAAAAGAAAAAGAACCCUGACACUGGAUUCGCUGAUUUCGAGCAAGCGACAAUUCGUCAGUAUAAUCGUCUCGUGAAACAAAUCAAACCCAAUAUGGACGAAUACGAAAGACAGAAGGAAACUUUGGGUGGAGCUUUCUACGGUGACAGAAAUACCAUUUUACAAGGGCUGCAUAAAGAUUCCAAAGAAAGCAUCGAUAGAAUGGUUGAAGAUUUACAGAAACAGAUCGAUAAACGUGAGAAAUACAGUAGAAGAAGAGCGCAUAACGACGACGAAGAUAUUGAUUACAUCAACGAGCGUAAUGCGAAAUUCAACAAGAAACUGGAAAGAUUUUACGGAGAACAUACGUUGGAAAUUAAACAGAACUUGGAAAGAGGAACGGCUGUUUGAAUUAUAUUUUUAUUUGCAAUUGUACAGGUCGAUUUACGUAUAUUUGAUGUCCAGUCACUGAAAUGAUUUCGUUGUGAUGGAUUAUAACUUAUAAGACGAACUUUUAAUGAAAAUAAAUUUGAAAAUUAUGAUCAUUAUGAUCUAAUCGAUUUUAUAUAGUUGAAAUUAUCGCCAUUCGCUUAGGAUCCCAUGGGUUCUAAAAUCAUGUAUUUUUAGAGUAUUUUGUACAUAUUUUGUAUAUAAAUUGAAACGCAAAUUAAAUUUUCAAUAAAAUUAUACAAUUUUA